AAUUGCCAGAUUCAAGAGACCAUAAAUCAACCAGAGUACUCUCUGCAACUAAUGAAGAAGAUCAGUCCCGAUCGGAGACGCUCAUCAGACAGGUAACUGAUAAUGCCGUCAGUCAGAGUCGGACUCAAAAGCCUGAUAUUGAAGAUCCCAUGGACGAGGGUGACGAUUUAUCGUUAUCUCAGCAGAUAUCUGAAAAUGAUCCCCAAAAUGUGGAUGCAAAGCUUAAGGAAGAAUCUAGUCAAACUUCUGGCAAGAAUGAUCAGAAAGAACCUUUGGAUGACAAGCCUCGAGUGCAGACAGAGCCAGCACUCAUGCCUGAUGCUCGGGUGCGGCAUCUCAAAGAUCAGCUCAUUCGGGCAAAGGUGUACCUUUCUCUCCCAGCCAUUAAAAACAAUCCCCACAUGACUAGGGAGCUAAGACUGCGGAUCAAGGAAGUUUCCCGUGCACUUGGCGAUGCAAACAAGGAUUCUGAUUUGGCCAAGAAUGCUUAUGAUAAAUUAAAAGCAAUGGAGCAAUCAUUAGCCAAAAGCAAGCAGAUCCAAGAUGACUGUGCUGCAUUGGUAAAGAAGCUUCGGGCUAUGCUUCACUCAACAGAGGAGCAGCUGCGGGUGCAUAAGAAGCAGACCCUGUUCUUAACACAAUUAACUGCAAAAACUCUUCCAAAGGGACUUCACUGUCUUCCUUUGCGUCUUACUACUGAAUACUACACCUUGAAUUCUUCUCAGCGCCAUUUUCCAAAUCAAGAGAAAUUAGAAGACCCCCGUCUGUUCCAUUAUGCACUUUUCUCAGACAAUGUGUUGGCGGCAGCAGUUGUUGUGAACUCAACUGUGGCUCAUGCUAAGCACCCUUCAAAUCAUGUCUUCCACAUUGUUACCGAUAGGCUUAACUAUGCUGCAAUGAGGAUGUGGUUUCUAACAAAUCCACCAGGAAGAGCCACUAUUCAGGUGCAGAACAUUGAAGAAUUCACAUGGUUAAAUUCAAGUUACAGCCCGGUUCUCAAGCAGUUAGGUUCUCCAUCCAUGAUAGAUUAUUACUUCAGGGCACAUCGGGCCAACUCUGAUACAAAUUUGAAGUUUCGGAACCCAAAGUAUUUGUCCAUCCUGAACCACCUCCGUUUUUACCUUCCAGAAGUCUUUCCCAAGCUCAACAAAGUGCUUUUCUUAGAUGAUGAUAUAGUGGUGAAGAAGGAUCUUAGUGGUCUAUGGUCCAUUGAUUUGAAGGGCAAUGUCAAUGGUGCUGUAGAGACAUGUGGAGAAAGCUUCCAUCGUUUUGAUCGGUAUCUCAACUUCUCCAAUCCUCUCAUCUCAAAGAACUUUGAUCCUCAUGCUUGUGGAUGGGCAUAUGGAAUGAACAUUUUUGAUCUGGAUGAAUGGAGGCGACAAAACAUCACAGAAGUUUAUCAUGGAUGGCAGAAGCUGAAUCAUGACCGGCAAUUAUGGAAAUUGGGGACCCUUCCCCCUGGUCUCAUAACGUUUUGGAAACGCACUUAUCCUCUUAACCGAUUUUGGCACGUGCUUGGCCUUGGCUACAAUCCAAAUGUGAACCAGAGGGACAUUGAACGAGCUGCUGUCAUACAUUAUAAUGGCAACUUGAAACCGUGGCUUGAAAUAAGCAUACAGAAGUUCCGAAUUUACUGGGAAAAUUUUGUGGAUUAUGACAACGUUUAUCUACGAGAGUGCAACAUCAAUCCAUAAAAAUGUCUUGAAGGUAUAUCCUCACAGUGAAGUGUCAUCAGGACCAAUGUUGGCCAAAUGUCUUGACAGGUCUGCAUCACACUGUGACGUUUUUUUGGUGGAAGACUGAUGCUCUCAAGUUUAAUUUUUUUCCUGUAUACAUUUUUUUUAGUUAUCGAUUUUUUUUCCUGGCCGUGGUAGAUUUAGAGACAUAAUUUGAUGGUAUAUAUAUUUUGUUGUCAGAACAGCAUUUCAGCUUCUCUGUAAAUUUUGGAAGCUAGAGUUUUUGGCAGUGUAAUGUUAAAAGAGCAGCUAUUCUAGCUUCAGGGUUUGAUAGCGGCAUUCUGCUUUGCUGUCUGUCAUUUGAUUUUUACUAAUUGAAAUGUAGUUCUGAUAUUCAAACAAAAAUGACAUUUCUCAUCUUUUACCAUUUGAUGGCAUCCAUAAUUGAUUUGGUAGGUAUCCAUUAUGCAAUGAGAGAAGUUUCACAACGUCAGAUGUGAAUGGUUGAAACGUGAUAUCUGAGGUUCGUCUGUCCUUGUUAAGCAUUCUAUAUCUGAGGUCCAUCUGAGUGUCAGGACUCAACCUCGGUCUUUAGCUUGUAUUAUAAAGACAUGGAUGUUCUAUUGUCAUGCAUCUGCCCUUGUUUUCUCUUCCUCAAUGAUUAUCUUCUUCUUCAGAGCUGUCCUUAGCUAAAGGUGAUCUCAACACUGAUUGCAUCCUGGAUAUGGUUCGGGAGAUGCAGUGUGUUUGCUUCCGCCACUGAGGAUUGCCGACACGCCAUCAAAGGCACAGGUUUUACGGUGUUGGAAGACAUGAAUGGGGAUCUAAUCAAACAAUGUGAAAUUG